ACCAGCAAGAAUUUCCGAUGGCUACAUGUUCCUUCUAACAAUGUAUGCUUCACCCUCCCUGUAUGUUCGGAGAAUUAACGGUUUGGCAGAUUGUAUGGGUCAAUGUGAGUGGCGCAACUAUACUGUCAGUAGGAAAUGGCUAAAAUCUUUGCGACUAUAGAAGCUGAUAAGCAGAAUGUACAAAGAGUGUCACCCUCCAGAGAAGGCAAGCUACUUUCAAGAAAAGUGCAAGUAUCUUUUUGGAGAAGAAGUCUGGACGAGGCAUCAAUAUCAAAUGUCACACACAUCUGUUGCGCAUAGACGAUUCAUCCGACCAAUCUGUCAACGGAUCGCGUUGAGCGAUACAGACGAUAACAUGAUGAUGGUCCUCCCCUACAUUCACUGGGAGACUAAUAGCGGGCGGAAACAAAUGACAGACGUGAUAGUCGAGGCAAUGAAGAGACACCUUAAAGAUCCACAACCUCUAUCAACUUCGAAAGGACUGAACGAAGCAUUAGAAGAGCUAGAAAAAAUACGGAAAUCCAAAUUUAUGGAUCCAGACGAUGACGCGACAUCUGGGUACGCAAGCGAUUACUCGUAUUACGACUCCUACACCCGUACGUCAAGCGUAUCGAGCGAUGGAAGGUCCCGAUGGCCCCGAGACAAAGUUACUAAAGAAACCGAGCCUGCAGCAGAUCCAGACGUGGAUUGGAUCUCUAGAGUCGCGUUAGAGACAUUGGAGAAUGAGGUCAUUCGUGCAAGGCAUGCGCCUGUUGAAAAAAAAGCAGAACAAGAAGAACGUAGAAAGAAGAGGAUUCAAAAAAUCGUCAAGGUUGCCAAAGAAUCUCGCAGAUCGGACGAGAAAUUGAUCUUGGCCUACAUGUUCGAUGAAAUUCCAUUACACUUCCGCCGGACUUUAGACCAAUACUACUACUAUACCCUCCCGACCACCGAAGCUCGCGAUUCUGAUCAAGUGGUCUCCCGGUACUUCGAGAAGACAUGGCCCGAGGAGGAGAAUGAGAAUUUAGUGUUGAUGGUGGAUCAACUCUGGCUGUGGAUUCUGGACAAUGAUACGAUAGUCACUAGCUUCCCUCAACGUUGGAAUAAGUCUGAGGAAAAAUCGGAGAAAGAUCCUGAUCCGAAUAAUGAUUCGGACAUUGUGGAAAGCAUUAUUCGCCAAAUUGGGAAACAGGACAGACGGCCUCUGACGAAUGUUUUCGAUCUGGCGGAGCUGAUCGUCAGCAAGUGUGUUGGAACCAUGUUUGAACACCCUGAUAUCGCGAAUGAAAAGCUACGGUUUGCUGAAUUUUUCGAAAUCUCCAUUGGAAAUACGAACGAAGAGUCAAAGAUGUUCAAUGACUUCACCGAUCUAUUCGAAAGGCUUGCCAAGGAUGAUCAAAACAUUUCAACAUCCGAUGAGCUUAAAAAGGACCUUAGAAAGUUGUUCGACAUUUCAGAGGAAACAAAACUAGUUAAGGAGAUCAAGGAUAUUCGAGAUGAGCUCCAUAUUAUUUCCACUAUCCUCGAGGACCAAGAAACAGUUCUUGUUGAUAUGGAAGAAGCCAUUCAAGCUAUGAAGGCCAGAAAGACUGAGGGGGUUGAGCAAAAGAAACUGCAGACGGCUUCGAGUUACCACAGUCUACCUGAGCGUGUCCGUAUGCAUAAAGCGGUUGUUCAAGGGCUUGAUAAACAGGCUGAAAAAACCUAUGUAGCAUUGAAGGACCUUUUAGAUCUGAAGCAGAAACAAGCAAAUGUUUCGGAGGCUCGCACCCAAGGAAAACAGGCGGCGGAAACUGCUAGACAGGGCCAAACACUUAUGUUGUUCACUGUCAUAACGGUCUUCUUCCUUCCAAUGUCAUUCAUGUCUUCGUUUUUCUCCUUGGACAUCGCCGAAUUUGUCCGAAAUAGUGAUGGUGCAUUAAGCUUAGGAUAUGUUUCUGAAAUCAUGUUCACUGUUACAGUUGCUGUGGUCAUAAUUUCUCUCUCCUUUGCCUUCCGCUGGGAACUCUUCGUCGUAUUCAUCACAUAUUGCAAAGAUCCUCUGAAAAGUUUCCACGAGGGUUCGAAGAAAUUCUUGAAAUCGGUCCAGAAGAUCUCUACGCGGAGAAGAGAGAGGAUCAAUAUCAUAGAAGAAGUAAAUAAGCCAUCGUCCGAUAGUGACGAGGUCGUCGUCAUUGAGGAGACGUCACCACCGAGACGCCGCCUAAGGUCGCGCGAAUAUCGCCGUGGCAGACCCUCUCGUUAUUCUCCUUCUCCGGCACGUUUGAGGUUUGGAAGACGGCGGGAUAUCUCUGGGUUGUUUGCUUUAUUUGGGCUACGGCUGGGGACUGGAAAUGUAGAUGUGGUAGAGCGGUACUCAAGACGAAGGAGUCCUUCGCUUCGGACAGGAACAGGAUGGUUUGGAGGACGACAACGACAACGAACUGAAACGGUAGUAGUAGAAGAACGAUACGGACGACGAGGAAGUAGUUCUGUGUGGGGAUGGUAUGGGAAUGAUGAUCGACGCUCUGCCCCGAGAAGAAAGAAAUGGCCUCCGUGGGCGUGGUUUGAAAAAAGUCUAGCUCCAACGCGACGAAGCCGAAGAAUCCAUUUCAGAGAUGAGUCAGGUCAGACGGGUCUGAAGGGGAUUUAUGCCAGCUUUAUCACGCCGCUGCUGGGGUGGUUUGGAAUAUCUCAACGAGCUCCUGAGAGCAGAACAUCGGUGACCUCAAGCUACUUAUCAUAUGAGGGUAGUGCAAGUUCGCAUGACAGAGGCAGUAAUGAGAGUAGUGACGCGCGGUCGCGUUGAGGUUGCUGAUCCUAGGGGAUUUGUGAGCGGUUGUGGUUGGUCCUAGACAAUUGAAUAUUAUUGAUCAGAUCGUUGGAUGAAAUGGGUUGUUGAACGCAGAUAUGAAUGGAGCCAUAUGGAGUGUUGGUUGGUUGAUCAUAGGGAAGACGAAAAGCCGAU